AUGCCGUCGUUCGGUUCACGACAUGUCAUCCGAGCGGCGGUGUUGAUGGCCGUCAUCUUCAUUUUAUUGCUAUCUUAUGUCUAUUUUGAUAUGCCGCUUCCCAGCAAGAUCGGUACCAGCGUCUCACCGCAAAUACCCGACAAUUCUGAUUCUACAUCGGCGACCGAUGGACCCCGUGUCGAAUUUGUCGUGGCAUCGAUGAAGGAGGAUGACACAUCUUGGUUCAAACAAUAUAUUCCUAAAUGGAAGGCAAACAUCUAUGUUGUCGACGAUCACUCGGCCCCAUUGACUGUCCCUCAAAACAAGGGCCGUGAGGCCAUGGUCUAUCUCACACAUAUCAUUAACAAUUACGACAAUCUGCCCGACGUCAUGGUGUUUUUGCACGGCCUGAGAUAUCAAUGGCAUAACGACGACCCGCUAUUUGAUGGCGUUCCACUGAUGCAAUCACUGCAAACCGACUACAUCAUAUCAGAAGGCUACGCCAACCUGCGAUGCGUCUGGUCACUCGGAUGCCCAGCAGAACUCCGACCACAGCAGGAGAACAACCGACCAGCCGGCGACCAGGCGGGCCAGACUCAGGUUGUGUACGGCGAAGCCUUCAAAGAACUCUUCCCAGGUGAACCUGUCCCCGAAGCAGUGGGCGUGGCCUGCUGCGCACAAUUCGCCGCCACCCGCGACAAGGUGCACGAGCGCCCGCUCGAAGACUACGAGCGGUACCGCGAAUGGGUGCUCAGCACGGCGCUCGAAGACAGCAUCAGCGGACGUGUCAUGGAGUACUCCUGGCAUCAGAUCUUCGGCCGACCGCCUGUCCACUGCCCCAACGUGCAAGAAUGUUACUGCAAGACGUACGACCUGUGCAAUCUGACCUGCCCCGAGGACUAUCGCUGCGGCGAGAGGUGGCAUUUUCCCCCGUCCGCGUCCCUGCCUGAGGGCUGGCCCGAGUAUGGCUGGAAAGGCGAGUUUCGGACUCCCGAGGAACUGGCGGAAAUGCGUCUGGAGGCCAUGGCUCCCUCGUCGUCUUCUGCCGCUGUGGCGUCGCCGACGGUCGCCGUUCAGACUGAAACCGCAAGCCCAUCGGGUUUAAAGUGA